GAAAGGGCGGCCGGAAGGAAGGGCAGCUCGGUAGCCGGAAGGGGCAGCGGCCGGAAGGGGCAGCGGCCACAAGCCCCUGACGGAACUCAAAGCAGAAGCCUCGCUUCUGUCCACGCAGACGGAAGGACCGUCCGCUCGCGGUGCCCCAAAGCCGAGUGACCCGGUUCGAGCUCGGCGCCCGGAAGGCCCUCGCUCUCGGAGGCAGGGAGAGUCUGCACGUCCUCGUUCUGCAGAAACGUCCUCCACGGCGACCUGUGACAGAGGCGCACGGCCGGGUCCCAAACCCACAGCUCUGAGGACGCAGUAGGCGCUAGAAUCAGGCAGAACUGGCCCAGGGGACGUCUUCGAUCUCUCGCUUGCGCAGCGGUGCUUUCCCUCCGCCAUCCGUCUCUACUGUGUGAGUGUGCACACACACGCACACGCUGUCCUCUCUCAGAGAAACUGCACACACGUGUUAAUGAGCUGACCUUCUCCAGGGUGACUAAAUGACAAGUGGGCCGGUGGCAGUUGCAGCUGCCAAGUGCGUGUACCAUGAAAGCAACAGGAAAAGUGCCUAACCCUGUGACAGACCCCAAGGAGAGGCGGGACCGGAAGAAAGAAAACAACGGGCUCACAACGUGCGCACGCUCCGCAGACACUAGGCUACUACUGAAUGUGCUCAGGCCGCACGACCUAUGCCCUUCCCUCAAGACUCCCCCAAACCUAAACAUGAACUGCAAAGAUAGGGUUUCGCCGGGACAGGGUGACCAUGCACAGGUAAGCGUGGCCUCCAGCAGCUCGGAGCUGACGGACCGCGGGCCGAACGUGGACUGGACACCCACCAUGGGGACGUGGCCUGCGCGGGCCCGGACGUGGACUGGACACCCACCACGGGGACGUGGCCUGCGCGGGCCCGAACGUGGACUGGACACCCACCACGGGGACGUGGCCCGCGCGGGCCCGAACGUGGACUGGACACCCACCACGGGGACGUGGCCUGCGCGGGCCCAAACGUGGACUGGACACCCACCACGGGGACGUGGCCUGCACGGGCCCGGACGUGGACUGGACACCCACCACGGGGACGUGGCCUGCGCGGGCCCAAACGUGGACUGGACACCCACCACGAGGACGUGGCCUGCGCGGGCCCAAACGUGGACUGGACACCCACCACGGGGACGUGGCCCGCGCGGGCCCAAACGUGGACUGGACACCCACCACGGGGACGUGGCCUGCGCCGGCUCAACGCGGGCGCCCCACGCAAGGGGAAGAGAACUAGGGUGAUUAAAGUCAGUCGCUCAGUAUCUCUAAGUUCAGGUUUUCACUUUGAAAUGAUCCAAGCAAAUCAGCAAACAGAAGAACGAAGGAAAAAUUAUAACCAGUUUUUUAUUUUACCUUUGGAUUAGAGAGCACAUCUAGGGAGAUGAAGAAAAACGUUAGAUCACACAUUUUGAUUCAUCAUCAGCUGAUGGGUAAGUGUGGACUGUGAAGAAUGAAGUAUUUGUAAAAAACUGCAUUUUUUAUAGCUUUUAUUUUUUUGGUUUACUACUACAAAUGAACAUUAAUAGAUGUCGCACAUUGUAAUAGAAUAUCCUGGAUAAAUCACCUUCUAAGGUUUAAAUGAUAGGGAUGUUCUAGCUACACAAAAUUUCAUUGAUAAAAUAGGAGGUUAGGGCUGACUGCUAUGUUCCAAUACUAAUCCCAGUUCUUCUUUUGUGUGGCCAAUCUCAAAAAUUUUAAAACUGCUUAAGAGAGAAUCCCACUAGUUAAAAUAUAUAUAUAUAUAUUCUUUUAUAUAUAUAUAUAUUAUUUUAUAUAAAAACUUUUUCAGAGAACAUAACAAGGGGCAUUUUGGAAUAAGUUUCCAUUUCUUUCUUUACUCCUAUAUCCCAGA